CCGAUCACACAGUUUGGUCCCUAAUGAUGGCUUAAUUAUAAAUUUCCAAACUAAUGUUCCUACAAAAAUCCAAGCAAAUAGCACGUUCCCCAAUAGCAUGUCUCCUCACCGUCACGCCCUGACUGAACUUAUCCAUUGGAUUUUGCUUAAAUUAUUAAAUAAAAAUUUUAAUUUUUAAUAAUAGAGCGGCCUUAUAAUGACUGUUGUUUUUGCCUUCUUAAAUUGUUUGUGUAUGAUGCAGUUGGUUAAGUGUGCUCAAUAUUUUUAUAGACAGUCAGGCAUCCCCUUCCUAAGCUAUGGGGAUCUUGCUCGUCACUCUUGUUCAACAAGCUUUAGUUGGAUACGUCCAUAUAAGAAUUUUGCAAAGGCAUUAGUUGAUACCACCAUUCUCUUCUUGGAAUUUGGCUUUUGCAGUACUUAUUAUUUAUUUAUUGCAAUCACGUUAAAAGAAGUAAAAUUUUUUUGA